AUGGCGGGUGAUGAAAGUGACAGUGAUCUUAAGCCUUCGCAAGUAGUAAUAGUUAGAGAAGUAUACGAUAGUGAAAAUGCUCACAUUAAAUUUGAAAUGGAAUUGGAAAGAGCACUUGAGGCUGGUGUGAGUGUCAUUGUCAUAGAGCCUGAACCGCUCGGUGAAGAAACAGCUAGGUGGAUUUAUGUUGGAAAUCUAUUACAUAAAGUCUCAGUUUAUAGUGGAUUAUGUAGCAUAGCCUCAGGCUUGGCAUGGAGCUCAUUGGCUUGCACACCAUUUGGUGUAGUAUCGGUCCUAUGUUCUGGUUGCUACACACUAUCUUGGCAGUGGGAUCCCUGUUGUAAGUACCAAGAAGAAAAAGAUCUACGCCGUUUAUCUAAAUUACCCAUUUUGAGUGAUUUAACAUCAGCAUCUCCUGUUGUUCUUGUGCACAAAGAUAAUAGAAGAAAAAUUAUUUUACAUAGUACAGUAUCAUUAGCUGCUGCAGCUAUUUGCUUGUGGAGAAUUUAUAAUACUUUUAAA